AUGCUCUCACGCCCACUAAUCCCAGACCCUGGUGAAUAUGAUAUUGAUCCCGACAUAGGCUUCGUCACACCUACACCGGCGGAGCUUCCAGAGUACUAUGCGCCAUGGCACCAGCUUUGUUCUGCUCUACCACAGCUCCUGAAAUCAAAAAAUCUGAGAAUCAAAAUCGAAAGCCUUGAUAUACUUACCACGGAUCAUCUCACCAGCCUAUCACACUGGCAACGGGCAUAUGUCAUCCUCGGCUUCUUAACUCAGGCCUAUGUCUGGCAGGACAAGACAAGUCCCUCCGCCGCCGUACCAGCUAGUCUGGGUGACCCAUUCAUCAAAGUUUGCGAGUACUUGGGUAUGAAACCCGUCUUGAGCUACGCCGGGCUUUGUCUGUGGAACUGGUUGCCCACUCGCGAGAACAACAUUUGGAGCCCUUCGGAAACUCUCUCAGGUUUCGACAACAUCAAGUCCACUGCUUUAUUCACUGGCACAAGAGACGAAGACGCAUUCUACCUCGUCCCAGUGAUGGUUGAAGCGCAAGGGGGCAAGCUCGUACAGCUAUUCCUGGAUGCCGUGACGGCCGAUCAGAAGGGCAACGGGGGAGAUCUCCUGUCAACGCUUCAGACUUGCGCUGCCAGACUAAAGACCAUGGGUGAGACAAUGUCCGUAUUGCACCAGAACUGUGAUCCAGGAUUCUUUUAUCAUCGGAUCAGGCCAAUGAUCGCUGGGAGCGCCGGAGCAGAGGAAAAAGGGUUACCGAAUGGUGUCACCUUGCAAUGCAGCAAUGGGUCUGAAGUUGUCGUAAAGUGUGUGGGAGGGAGUGCUGGGCAGAGCUCUCUCUUCCAAUUUCUGGAUCAUAUGUUUGGUGUUGAGCACGAAUCAAAAUUAUUGUAUGAGAUGAGGCCAUACAUGCCGAAAAACCAUAGAGAGUUUCUGGAGACAGUUGAGUUAUUACCGUCAUUGCGACACAUUAUGGAGCGGCAUCCCGAAGAUGGAAGGCUGCGCAAGGCGUUUCAGCUCGUCAUCGAGAACUUCAAGCAAUGGAGAACCAGGCAUGUUGUCGUUGUUUCGAGGUACAUUGUUCAACCUGCAGCUGCUGAGGCGAAAAGGGAGGAAGUGAAUGGGCAACCUAAUGCCGAGCCAAAGGGUACCGGGGGAUCGCUGCCAAUACCGUUCUUGAAGCAGUACAGAGAUGAGACAGUGUUUAGUUCUGAAAAUUGA